CCCGAACUAAAUAAACCCAUCACGUGUUCGCCCGCAUGAUUCCAUCCACUCCCCGCACCCUCUCUGCACCUUCGAUGAAGGGUGUGCGUGGACCGUCGCAAAACGACAGUCUGGCCGCCUCAACGCCCCUAAGGGUUCUCACUCACUGCGACAACAUUUGGCGUACUACUUACUACAUAUGCACUACCGCCCAAAUAAAUGGAGAUAACUCGCCAUAAUGUAUAUGUAAAGGCGAAGGUUUCCAAAGGAUGUUUCGACUUCGCACAUUGCCAACGCACUUCAUCUUCCUCCCACACCCCACCCUAGCCCGGUCUCCAUACCGACUACACUCAUCCGUCAUGAGCUCGCAAGGGAAGACCGCCUUGGUCCUACUGUCCGAAGGCAACGAGGAAAUGGAGACUGUUAUCCCAAUGGAUAUCCUCCGAAGGGCCGGAGUGAAGGUCACUCUUGCAGGGUUGAACGGGGCUGGAACUGUCACCUGCAGUAGAAAUGUCAAGAUCGUGCCGGACACCGCGUUGUCCGCACUUCAAGACAAGAAUGCAUUUGAUGCCAUUAUACUACCCGGAGGUUUGGGUGGAGCUGAGGCUUUUGCCAAGUCGAAAGAAGUUCACAACCUCUUGGAGAGCUAUCACUCUGACCCAAAUAAGACGGUUGCGAUCAUAUGCGCAUCGCCUAUUGCCUUGCAAGCAUCUGGAGUGGCCAAAGGAAAGACCGUAACCUCUCAUCCCAGCGUCAAAGAGAAGCUGACCGACUAUGGCUACAAGGAAGAUCGAGUGGUCGUUGAUGGGAAUCUAAUCACCAGUCGCGGCCCUGGAACAGCAUUUGAGUUCGCCUUGGCCAUCGUCAAACGUCUGCAGGGCGUCGAGAAAGCCAGGGAGAUCAUUGGCCCAAUGGUUUGCCACGACUCCAUCGCAUCUUCCCUCUGAUCAAUUCUUCUAGUCGAGGACGAAGAAUGUGCAUGCUAGCACCCCCGCAAUACAUUCAUUUCUGCGGAGUCUACAUAUGAUCCAAAAUCGUGUUUCUAAUCAAUCCUUAGCCUGAUACACCCCUCCGACCUUUGCCGUUGUCCAGUAAGCUAGGUGUAUCUCCCUCCCUACAAUCUCGACAUGCAGCCGGACGCCAAUUUCGAGCGUUUGGGAGGCCCGAGCGCUCCCAACCUAUUCGCCUCAGCCGCCUCAAUCCUGUUUCCCGGGGGUCUUUCACCGCUCAAACUUGCUCGCAACAUAAUCCUUGAAAUAGCUGACGCUGCUUUUGUCUGCCAAUUCUUGCUGGGCCGC